CGAACGCGCCCAAUGGUAGAAAGUGGAAGUAAAACGUGCAACUUUUACGAGGUUAUUACGAUAAGAAAUAUAAUAAAAAGCAUCGAAUUCUGUUUUUAAAUCGCACAUUCGAGAAAUGAAAUAACUUCAAAUGGAACUCUCGAAGCGUCAUCAAUUCAUUUGUCCCUCAUCUCCCAAUUGAUAUAGAAGCAUUUAUAUUUUAUUAUUUUCACAAAAUUUUUCGUUUUCAAAUGGAGCAUCUAACCUCGUCACAUACAAGGACAAUGCAGAUGCGAUGACCAAUGUUUUUAGCUGUGGUGAAGAUGUUUGCAAGCACUUUGAGACAACUGAAACUGCGACAAGACAUUGUGAUCCAUAUGUGACCAGGAACAAAGCAAAAAACAUAUUAACAGUGAGGACAGUAAUAAUGGACACUCUAUUUACCCAAAAUGUUCUCGAUGAGGCAGAGGAUAUACCGCAUACAGACGAACCUGUUUGGAUUCUUGGCAAGAAAUACAAUGCUUUAAAAGAGCUCGAUAUGAUACGUAGAGACAUCCGAUCCAUGCUAUGGUUUACUUAUCGCAAAGGUUUUAUUCCCAUUGGUGGUUGUAAUUCCACAUUUACAUCUGACAAAGGUUGGGGUUGUAUGUUAAGAUGCGGUCAAAUGGUUCUUGCCCAAGCUUUAAUUACAUUACAUUUUGGUAAAGAUUGGCAAUGGAUGCCAGAAACAAAAAAUAGCACGUAUCUGAAAAUUUUAAGUCGCUUUGAAGAUAAAAGAGCUGCUGCUUUUUCUAUUCAUCAAAUUGCAUUAAUGGGUGCAUCCGAAGGAAAGGAAGUUGGACAAUGGUUUGGUCCUAACACCAUUGCACAAGUAUUAAGAAAAUUAGUCGUAUAUGAUGAAUGGAGCUCCAUUACUAUACAUAUUGCACUAGACAAUACACUAAUAAUUAAUGAUAUUUUGAGACAAUGCAAAGUAGAAGGUGGUAUGACACCGGAAAUAGAUGGAGAAAUAUCUCUAAAGGCACCUAGCCAAUGGAAGCCUUUGUUAUUGUUAAUCCCGUUGCGCCUUGGACUUAGUGAGAUUAAUCCUAUAUACAUUAAUGGACUUAAGACAUCAUUCAAGAUUACACAAUCCUUGGGAGUGAUUGGAGGAAAACCCAAUCUUGCUUUAUAUUUUAUAGGCUGUGUGGGGGAUGAAGUGAUUUAUUUGGAUCCUCAUACUACACAAAAAUCAGGUAGUAUUGAAGACAAGAUGAAUGAAGAAGAAAUUGAAAUGGAUACUACAUAUCACUGUAAAUCAGCUAGUCGUAUUCCUAUUACAAGCAUGGAUCCUUCUGUGGCGCUUUGCUUCUUCUGCACUACAGAAAAGGAAUUUAAAUCUUUAUGUAAAUCAAUGCAAGAAGAAUUAAUUUUACCCGAAAAGCAACCAUUGUUUGAGCUCUGCAAAGAACGUUUGGCACAUUGGUCACCAACAGAUGAUGUUGCUUCUGAGGCAAUAGCAGCUUCUAGUCUUGUGGACUUUGAACAUGUUGAACGUCAAUAUGACACGUCUGAUGAAGACUUUGAACUGCUUGGUUGACGUCCAUCUAAACUACCUAAUAUUGCAACAAAAUGUGAGAUAACAGUUGAUUAUUAUAUGUAGUAUAACGAUAGUAUUUUUAAAGUCAAUUUGUAUUUUCGACUACCGUGAUGCGAAAUUUCAUACACGCGCGCGCGCAUGCGAGUGUGUGUACAUAGUAUUCUAAACUUAUUGCAUUAUCCGCUAAUAACAAAUUCUUGAAAUCAUUUUGGAGACAAAAAUCUUAUAGCGAAUUCGAUUAUUUGCACUACAUCACACUAGUGCAUAUUAAAGGCUGUUAUUUAUCAAGUAUAAAUCUGAAUGCAAUGAUAUAAUAUAUAUAAACACUUUGAUGAUGAAAUAAUAAUGUAUGUUCUGUUAAAUAUAUAAAAUGACAAUUUAUUAUGAUUGGAUUUUAAUUACUUAAAAUAUUUAUAUUAUUCUUUUUUAUUUAGAUAACUUCACAUGUGUAGCAGUCUUUAAUAUGCACUAAUGCGUUGUAGUGCGGGUGACCAAAUUUGCUAUUGUCCUAGUUUACAUCGAUAUACUUUAAUACGUACUAAAUAUUAUACUGUCCAAUCACAGCUGUUCCAUUCUUUAAAGGAAUGACUAUGAUUGGCCAAUGUAGUACUUAGUACAUAUUAAAGUAUAUUGUUGUAAACUAGACCAUUAAUACAAAAAUAUCAAAGCUAUAAUACAUGAUAAAGCAGAUGAUAUGGUUUUAAUAGCAAAAGAAGAAGAUAGGAUGAGAGCAAUAAUGGAAAGAUUAGAAAAAUACAUACAGAAAAAAUAUUAAAAUUAAUGCGGAGAAGAUAUAGAGAUGGUGAUAUUUAAAAAGAGGGGUGAGAAAAAAAAGAGUAAUCUGAAAUUGGAAGGGAAGAAAGAUAGAGGAAGUGAGAUCAAUGAGAUAUCUUGAAUAUAUAUGUUAUGAUCAAACAAAAAGCAAAACGAACAUAUAAGAAACAAACUAAGAAAGGAAAUGGCGGGAUAGGUAUGGGGCAUAGGAAAAAGAACGCUUGUGUGUGUGUGCGUGCGUGUGCGUGUGUGUGUGAAGAAAAAGAAAAGGAAUAGAAAGGAUAGAAGAAAAGUAUAUAAGAUAGAUUUUGGAGAAUGUCAAGGUAUAUGAAAAGGAAAGAAAUAUAUAUAGAGAUAAGUUGCGAAAUAGAGCAGCAAAGAAGAAAUUUGAUGGAAUUAGAAUUUUGAAAAGAGAUUAGAAGGAGAAGGUAGGAAAUUAGCAAGAGCUAGAAAAUUUGAAAAAAGAUAUAAAAAAGACUAGACUGUAGUAUAAGUAUACUCUGGAUGAGAUAAAAUAAAAUAUAAAAAGGAAAAUGCAGCAGAAGGAGAAAUAGAGAAAAAUUGGCAAAUCGAAAUAUAAUAGAUGGCAUGGGAGGAUAAAGAGAAUACUGGAGAUGGAGGAGACAUGCAAUCUAAAGAUUAGAAAAUGAGAUGAGGAAAGAUGGUUCUGAGAAGAAGAGAAAAAAAGAAAAU